UUUACAAAGAACAGUAAACACAAUAUUUAUUCCAUAACUUGGCAAGUAGAAUCAUAUACCCCCAAAAAAAAAAAAACUGUUUCUGUCUUUAAAUCAUUGGAAUUAGGAGUGAUGAAUAGUGUGAAGAACUUUUGUUGUCUAUUCUCUUUUAGUCUCAUCUUUUAAUUUGAAAGAACUCAAAUCAAGAUUCCUAAAACAGCACUAAAAUAUAGUAUAAAAACACUAUCCUUUUCACUCUCCAAAAGUUCAGCUAGACAAAAAAAGAACCCGUUUUUUGUGCAGUAUCAACAUAAAGCUUGCUUUUUGGCUUCAAAGAUCCAGUUCCCAUUUCUUUUAAAGAAACAAUUUGAAGCAUUUUGAUAUGGUGAUUAGUGGGAUGGACAAUGAGAUUGUAUCUGACUUGGAUGCUCAUUUUUAUUAUAGAAUCGAAUUGGAAUUCUAAGUUAGUGCUUGUGCUUGGGGUUGUUCAUUAUUAUAGGAAUAACUUAGGCUGGUUUGAAUGGCAUCUAUAAGGAGAACAUUGUCUCCUGUGCCGCGAGCCGGGGCGUUAAUGAAUGGGGAAGUCUCUCUAGUUGCUUCUCCGUUGUCUAAAUCCUCGUCGACAGCUCAUCAGAACUUAUCAACAUCUAGAGGAUUGCUGUCUUCUAUUCUUGGUUUGACGGAUUCUCAACCUUCUGUUCUCGGUGUCUCUUCACCGAGAACAUCUAGAGCAUUUGAUAGGGGAAAACCUAAGGGGCAAGUUUGGAGGAGGGCGUUUUUUCAUUUCCUAGUUUGUUUUGUGGUUGGGAUGUUUGUUGGUUUUACUCCGUUCGUGUCAACGAAUUUAUCAAGAAAUCUUAUGUUAAAGAGCCAAGCGAUUUCCUUUGAGAUGGUAUCGACUGUUAGAGGUUUCCGUACAUUAGAAGGCAUGACCGCAAAUGUGACAUCAGUAGCCGAGAGCGAGGGUCUCGGCAAUAAUGGCACAUCGGAUCCAGAAGUGACGCUAGCUGACCAGAUCCCGAGUGAUAUGCCGGUUAACCAAUCAAUCCCCGAAGAUAUGGCAUUGGCGUCUCAGAAGCUUUUGAUAGUUGUGACUCCAACCUAUGCUAGACCACUUCAAGCUUUUUAUCUGAAUCAACUGGGGUACACAUUAAAACUGGUUCAACCUCCGCUGUUGUGGAUAGUUGUGGAAAUGACGUCUCAAUCUGAGCAAACUGCUGACAUUUUAAGGAGAAGUGGGGUUAUGUACAGGCAUCUUGUUUGCAAGAAAAAUCUUACUGACAUAAAAGAUAAAGGCAUUCACCAAAGGAAUGUGGCGUUGUCUCACAUUGAAACACACCACCUUGAUGGGAUUGUCUACUUUGCAGAUGAUGCCAACAUUUACGCGACUGAUCUUUUUGAGCAAAUGAGAGCAAUCAGACGGUUUGGGACUUGGGCAGUGGCCAAAGUAACAGAAAGCAAAAUCCAAGGUCUUAUUGAGGGCCCCAUUUGCAAUGGAACUCGAGUUAUUGGAUGGCAUGUCGAUGUAGCAAGUAUGAGAUACCGGAGAUUCCAUGCUGACAUGUCAGGUUUUGCCUUCAAUAGCACAAUACUUUGGGAUCCAAAACGAUGGCACCGGCCAACACUUGAACCUAUUAGGCUGCUUGACAGAGUCAGGGAUGGCUUGCAGGUUAGCACAUUCAUUGAGCAAAUUGUGGAAGAUGAGAGCCAAAUGGAAGGCUUACUAGAAGACUGUUCAAGAAUCAUGGUUUGGCGUCUGCAUCUAGAGUCACGUAGCUCCUUCUAUCCUCCCAAAUGGUUUACGAUAAGUAAUCUUGAUGUUAUUUCUCAGCUUUGAUAAAAUUCAAUAUGGAUAGUGAAGGAAUGAUUAAUGAAAUGGGUGGCUGAAAAAUUAAAUAUUAGCAGGCAGUUGCGAAGAGGCUAUUUUGCAGACUGGCAUAAACUUUGUCAUUGUACAGUAUUAUCAUUAUCUGAAUUGCUGCUCUGCUAUUUUCCAAACAAGUGAGAGUAUGGAUGGGGUAAUUGUACAAAAUUCAUCACCAUUUUUUUUUUAAUUUCAAUUUGAAUUGGCAUUUAAAAAAAAAAAUCAUGGUGGAGCCAUUUCAUUUUUUAGUUAUUUUCCUCUAUUAUCGUAACAAUCAUCUUUAAUGAAUCGUGAGUGGAUAAAAGGACCAUUUGUAACCUUAGAGAUUCACUUGUAUAGUUGUAUAUAGUGCAUCAUCACCGGUUUAUAAAUACAUCA